AUGGACAGCUCCACCGGCUUGUUCGACCAAUCUAUCACCGAGACGGUCAUAGAUUAUGCCGACUUCCAAGCCGCAAGGAACAGUAAAUGGUGGCGUGUCGAUGGUGGUAUGCAGAGAGUGGCCGAAGCCAUGCAAAGCCACUUACUCUCGACUGACUGGCCCCAGCCUGGCUCAGCGGCAGUCAGGGUAACGACCCAGUCUCCCGUGGCAGCUAUGUCGCAUGACAAACAGGCGAAGAAGAUGAACGUUACUGUCGCAGGUAAGCCACCUGUCGCCUACGACAUGGUCUUCAACACCACGGCCAUGGGCCCCUUGCAACGAAUGGAUCUUUCCGGUCUGGAGCUCCCCGACAAAAUCCUGACAGGCAUUCGAUCUUUGAGCUACGAUCGAGCCACCAAAGUCGUCAUCCGCUUCACGAAACCAUGGUGGCAUGCGGCCCCUCCACCAGAAAUCUACGGCGGCGUCUCCCAAACCGAUCUCCCCAUCAGCAACGUCAUCUACCCUUCGUGGAACGACGGGCCCGACAAACCGGCCGUGCUGAUGGUUUCGUACGCGUGGGCCCAGGACGCGACGCGCCUGGCGUCGCUGGUGCCGGAUUACACGGUCGUGCCGCCCAAGAAGGACGAGCCCAUCGUCACCCUCUGCCUGCAGAACCUGGCGAUGCUGUGGAAGGGUCGCAUCCCCUCGCAGAACCUCUUCAAGGACCUCUCGGACAUGUACAUGACGCAUCACGCCUGGGCGUGGGAGAACGACCCGUACACCGGCGGGGCCUUUGCGCUGUUCGGGCCCGGCCAGUUCAAGAACGUCUACCCGGACUUCCUCUGGCUGCAAUGUGAGGGGCGCUUUGCCAUGUGCGGCGAGGCCCUCAGCGCGCAUCACGCGUGGAUCGCCGGCGCCUUUGACAGCGCGUACCUCAACAUGUACCUGUUUCUGGCGGCCAAUCGCCGGAUCAAAGACAUCGACAAGCUUUACCGUUCCGAGUGGUUCGGGGCCGGCAAGGACGCACACUCGGAAGAAAUGGACGAGGUCUUGAUGAAGCACAUUGUCGCUCUGCAGUUUCCGAAUCAGCAGGACGGUGAGAGUAACAGUACUGCAGGCCAAGCUACGAGUAGCCGAGGGAACCAGCAAAUUCCGAUCAGGGAGCAUGUCGGGUGA